GUAAUUUGGGGCCAUAGGUCACAUUUUGACGUGAUUUGGCUCGGACCUAUAGCCAGGCUUCUUGCUGAACGCUGUGCGCGAUCUCUGGCCAGCCCAGUGGUGGCCAAAGCUCUCCAGCUCUCCCAGCUUCAAAAAUCAGCUGGGCCUAAAAAAGCAGCAGCACAAUCACCGAAGCUGCGCGACAGGCAUAUACAUUGCAAAAGCGGCGCGGCAGACAACCAAUGUCGACAGCACUUGACUUCGGCGCCGCGCUCGCCGCCGCGAAGCGCGAGGCGCGCAAGCAGCGCGCCGCGAACCCGCCGCCGCCGCCGACCGCCGCCGUCGCGGUGCCGCCGCCGCUGCCGGCGGCGCCGCCGACGAUCCGCUACGCGGCCGAGUUCGUCGACGAGCGCGAGGCGCGCGCGCUGGCCACGGUGUUGCGACGGCUGGACGGCUGGGCGCCGCUGCCGCGGCGGCGCCUGCUGAGCGUGGGCGGCACGCCGCACCCGGACGGGGCCUGGACGGAGCCGCUGCCGCCGUGCCUGCGCGCGCUCGCGCGGCGCGCCGCCGCGUUCUUCCCCGACGGGCGGCUCCCGGACCAGGCGCUCGUCAACGAGUACGUCGAGGGCUCGGGCAUCGCUUCGCACGCGGACGGGCCCCUCUACGAGCCGUGCGCGGUGAUCGUGAGUCUGGAGUCGAGCGCGCGCCUCGACUUCUUCACGGACGGCGACGAGCGCGUGGCGUCGGUGCUGCUGCGGCCGCGGAGCGUCGUAGCCUUCGCGGACGCCGCGUAUCUCUCGCUGAAGCACGGUAUCGCCGCGGCGCGCGCGGAUACGGUCGACGACCGCGUGUGCAACGGCGCGGCGGCGGGAUGCGCCGUCGGCGACGUCGUGGCGCGGGCGCCGAGCCGGCUCUCCGUCACGUUCCGACGGCUCAAGCGCGUCGCACGGCGCCUCGACGGCGUCGACGCGUCGCUGCUGCACGACGAGGACCGCGUGGAGCUGGAGCGGCGGCGGCGAUGGUGGGCGAAGUCGAUCGCCGACGACGCGCUGCCGAGCCCUCCUGCGUCUCCUCCAGGGGAGUAA